AUGAAUGAAUAAUCAAAUUAUGAAAAUUAUGGAUACAAAGAAUCUGUUUUAAACUUAGAAAUUACAGUUAUUGUUAAAUUAAAUUCAUUUUACAAUGUAGACAUCUAUUGUCUUAGUUAUGAUUCAACUGGUAUAUAUUCUUACUUAAGUUAUCCUUUAACACGAGAUAUGAUAGCUACUACAGAUAAUAAUUCUAAAGCUAUGAUUUUAAAACUAUAUUUUGAUAGUGAACCAACCAUUAAACAAAGUUAAAGUAUUGUAUGUUAAGCAUAAUACAAAUAUCCUUCAUAAGCUAAUAGAAUUAUCAUUGGAGAUUGGUCAAUCUGUUCAGAUACUACAAAUAUUAAUGAUAAUAAUAUAACAACUGAUCAAAAUACAUCUACUAAAGUUACUAUUAUUAAAUCAUAUUCUAAAAUUAAGCCUUUUCCUUUAUUUUUAUACUUUCUAACUGAUUACAAUAAUUUAGUUGACAUAUUACCUGAUGAAUUGACUUUAUUAGGAGAAUAAGAACUUACAACUAUCUUUUUAUAGAGCAGCAAUUUAUUCUUAUCAUCAAGUUCAUAGCCUAAGUUAAUAGAUACAAGUCAAAUCAAAAUUGUUCCUGAAUUAUCAAUAUCACUUAGUUUUGCAUAAUAAACACUUAAUGCUGAUAUUUCUAUUACUAAUGUGGAUGGUAUUAUUGCCAUUGGUAUUACAGAAUUAGGUGUAUCAAUUGAUGUCUCAGAAUUCUUUGUUUAAGUAUCUUCCAAAUUAGUAAUUAGUGAUCUUACAAGCAUUUAAUAAAAUAUAGUUGUUAAUUAUAGAAUAUCUAAUUUAGAAAUUGGAAAAGAUUAUUUUGUUAAUGUUGUUGGAUUUUUGGUAAUUUUUAUGACUAAACCUUAAGUACCCUUAACCAGAAAGUCCAAAUAGUGGAAUCAUUAGAAAACCAAUAUUAGCUUCAAGAAUAAAGACUUUAGAUUCUUCAAUGCUUAUUCUGAUAUUUAUAUUUUAUAUAUCAUUAAUAUGA